AACAUUUUCACUGCGCCAUUUUGCUGCUUUGCAGGGUAUAGCUGGGGUCGCUUUGCGUUCUUCAUAUUAGACAAAAAAUUGAGAAAGUAUAAAACAAACACUAAUGGCUAUGUCAAAUAGAAAUCUGAAGCAAGUACGGAUUGAAAAGAAUAAUUACGGGAAUAACGACGGCAACAGCAACAUGGGUUCCCCACAACAGCAGCAGCAGCCGCCGAUUCAUCCAGGGAACAACAAUAACAACAAGCGCAGUCUAGAGUUGUCAGAUGGGGAUCCAUCCCUUAUGCCUCCGAAGAUAGACGAUGGAGAGGAGGAACGGGGCCUCACCAUUGAUAUCAAGAGUUUCUUAAAACCCGGCGAAAAAAGCUACACGCAGCGGUGUCGCCUGUUUGUUGGGAACCUGCCUACCGAUAUCACUGACGAGGAUUUUAGGAAGCUAUUUCAGAAAUAUGGAGAACCCAGCGAAGUUUUUAUUAAUCGUGACCGUGGAUUUGCCUUCAUCCGCUUGGAAUCAAGGACACUUGCUGAAAUUGCAAAAGCUGAGCUUGAUGGUAUGAUGCUGACAAAUAGGCCUCUACGCAUUCGAUUUGCUACUCAUGGAGCUGCCUUGACUGUUAAAAAUCUUUCUUCUGUUGUUUCAAAUGAGCUUCUUGAAGAAGCAUUUUCCAUGUUUGGACCAGUAGAAAGAGCAGUGGUCAUAGUGGAUGAUCGUGGCAGACCUACAGGCAAAGGAUUUGUUGAAUUUGCUGCUAAACCUCCAGCUCGAAAGGCAUUGGACCGAUGCUCUGAAGGAGCAUUUAUAUUGACUACAACUCCUCGUCCAGUUAUUGUGGAACCAAUGGAGCAAUUUGAUGAUGAAGAUGGCUUACCAGAAAAACUUAUGCAGAAGACUCCACAGUAUCUGAAAGAGAGGGAGGAACCACCACGUUUUGCACAACCAGGCACAUUUGAAUUUGAAUAUUCCUCCCGAUGGAAAGCACUUGAUGAGAUGGAGAAGCAGCAGAGAGAACAGGUUGACAGGAACAUCAGAGAAGCUAAAGAAAAACUGGAGUCUGAAAUGGAAGCUGCUCGGCAUGAGCAUCAGUUGAUGCUUAUGAGACAAGAUCUUAUGCGACGUCAAGAAGAACUGAGACGAUUAGAAGAACUAAGAAAUCAAGAGCUUCAAAAGAGAAAGCAAUUUCAAAUGAGGCAUGAAGAGGAGCAAAGAAGGCGAGAAGAAGAGUUGAUCCGUCAUCGUGACCAAGAUGAUCUUAGACGGCAAGAAGGGUUCAAACCAAACUACAUGGACACUAGAGAACAGGAUAUGAGAAUGGGUGAUAUGGCCCUCCGUGGAGCAAUAAGCAUGGGAGAUACCUAUAGCCCAGCACCUGCUGGUAGCCAAGCUCCUCCUCCUCCAAUGAUGGGGAUGAAUAUGAACAAUCGAGCUGCAGUGCCUGGCCCUUCAAUGGGUCCCGGUCCUUCGAUGAGCUCUGAAGCAGCUGCAAGUUUGGGAGCAACUAUUAUGGCGGAUAAUGGAACCGUGCGCAAUGAUAGAUUCCCACAAGCAUCUCCAUCACAAAUGACGUCCCCCAUGGUUAACAGAGCAGGAACUGAAGCUGCUCAGCCAACAAUGGGUGAUGUUAAUGCAGUUGGAGGUGGUGGACCUGGUGGCUUUGGUAGAGGAAAUCAAGGGGGAAUGUUUGAAGGAUCUAACAAACGACGCCGGUAUUAGUUCGCCAUUCCAUAUUGUGUAAAACAUGUUCGGUUACAGAAAAAUUCCAGUGGAAUGCCUUUUAAGUUUUUAAUCUUUAUCGGGAGCCAUUGUUUUGCAGUGUUUUAGUCUUUGCUUAAGUAAUUUUAAACUUUUGUGUACUUGUUCAAUAUGUAAUAUGUAACAUGCUUCAUUGUGACAGUUGACUGUUACUGUGCUUUAAAUGAUGAAUUUGUGAUAGUGCUGUAAAACUACGUUUUGAUGCUAUAAAAUAAAAGAAUCAAAUGUGUAAAGCAAAUUUUAGAGGUAGGAGUUGUGCAUAGACUUUACAAAUUAAUUUAUACCUCACAUCAAAUAUAUUUCACAAUUACUGUCAAAAAUCUGUUUUAAGACCUUUUAAUAACCAAUGUAUACUUCUAGAUUCAAAGAAUUCUGGGAACUUUGUUACUGCAGCUUCUAAUCUGUGCAUCUCUGUAUAACUGUACUCAAUUGCAGAGGAAUGUGGGCAGGAAGCAAUUUUUUUAUUUUCUCAUAGGCAAAUUAAAGUUAUUUACUGGAUCCUAAUCUUUUAUUUGACCUGUUAUUUUAAUGAGGUUUUUGUUUUUGCUGUACAACUUGUAGUUAAUUAGUGCAUACCUCAGAUUGCUAAUAGGAAGAAUGGAACAAAACACUGUAAAAUAAACCAUAUGUGAUAUGUACUGUUAUAUUCUAGUUUAAAAACAUAUUUUAUCAUUUUUCUUUUAUUGUUUAUUAUAUUAUACCUUGUAGCCUUUUUCCAAUCUUAAUUUCCUUUUGAAUAGAAACACCUAGUGAUUUAUUGUACCAAUUCCCUUGUCUUGAUUAGGAAUUUAAUAUUGUUUAACAGUUAACUAAUAUAUGUAUGCCAUCAUUUAUAUCAAAAUAAAGUAAUCAGCUUUUUUUUUUCUUUUUACAAACUUUUAAUGUCAUUUUGAAGUUGUGAAGUAAAAUCCUACUUGCUACGCC